AUGUCCGUGUCAGCCUUCGUCCCGAUGUAUGAGGAGGUCAAGUGGGAGCGUACGACCGAGAGCAGGAUCUCGACCGUCAUCUCUCUCCUCCCCAUGUCGCUCAAGUCGAGGAUGGCUCCAUUCCGCCCAUUCGGCCGGACGGCCAGUAUGGAGGAUCUGGCAACGUCCAAGAUCAAAGAUGGCGAGAAGCUGUUGGCCUCGCACGCCCAGCUGCCUCGUCCCCUUUCUGUGGCCGGGCCGGGUGGGCUUACGACGGCAUCGUCACCUGCGCUGCCAGAGAUGGAUGCUGGAUUGUUGCAGGCGGAGCACGCUGCGUCGGCUGCUGCGUCAACGCUCAAAGCUUCCAAGAUUAGAGAUGUCCUUACUGGUGGGCAGAUGGCAACGGGGCCCGGGAUCAACUGGAGAUUUGCCAGCCAAGGAUCGAGCCUCAUCCAGGGAGCAUCCGAGGCAGCCAGCGAGGGAGUCAACGACACCUUUGAGAGGAAAGCGUUUGUCGACGGGGUGACGUAUCUGAUCCGAGCAUUGCCACCGAAUCUGGAUGAGAGGGAGCUCGAGCAGGUGAAGGCAGCCCUGCCGGCGAGCCUUUCUCUCCCAAUCACUGAGCCUGCCACUCAUCCGGGGGCGAUGUCACCUCCGGCCACAUCUGGUCUCCCGCGGUCCGUGCUCCACCGCUCCGUCCAGCUGGUUGUCGUCCAGCUCAUUCUGUUCCUGCACUUCCUCCUCCCUUACCUUAUUCUGCUCUUCAGGACUGUUGUCACUUUCGAAAGAAAAUUCAAAGUAUCCGAGGCGGUAUUUGAACAAGGCAUCAACCUGGCUGGCGCUUUCAGGAGACAGGCCACCCAUCUUGUGGAUGCCGCCGUCAAAGUGAACGACGGGAAGGUCGGGCAGGGCUUGUCUAGUGUCGUUGCCUGGAUAGUCAAGGAGGUCACGCGAGGUAUUACAGACGGCGUGGGUGAGGGUAUAGUCGUGACGAGGUUGAGAGACAGCACAGGUUUGGCUUUAUGA